CCGGACAGUUGCCUCUUCGAUUGUUCUAUCAACACUGGAAUUCACCUGCCGCCAAGGCCCCCAUCCAAAUCACCAACUCGUCCACACAUCGCUAAGCAAAGCUUCCACACGUUGGCAAAAUCACUAUCUCCUUUUGAAGACAUUGAAAAAAAAAUUCACUAGUCGUUUUCUUUAAUCUUCAACUGGAUCGAUUCACGGCUCAGAUUCACCCAAGAUGUCUGAUCAUGAGUAUGGAGGCAAUGACGAUUUGUCCCUACCCAAAGCUACUGUCCAGAAGAUCGUCACGGAGAUUCUGCCGUCGUCAACUGGUGUCAGCUUUUCAAAGGAGGCUAGAGAUGUGCUCAUUGAAUGCUGCGUUGAAUUCAUAACUCUGGUCUCGUCGGAGGCAAAUGAGAUCUCGGAGAAGGAAGCUAAGAAAACCAUCGCAUGCGACCACAUCACCAAGGCCCUCGACACGCUGGGGUUUGGCGACUACAUCCCCGCAGUGCUAGAGGCAGCGGCGAAUCACAAGGACCAGCAGAGGGUAAUUAAGAACAUUGUACGUUCCCCCACACGCGGUUCACAGACUAACGGCUAAUGGUAGGUCCGAGAAAAGAGAACGAACA